AUGCAGAUGCCAGCAGCGGCGCCCCUCAUGUGCAAUAGCAGGGGCCUGAAGUUCGACAUUCGCACAUAUGGUGUGCCAGAGAACCCAUGUGUCAUCUCCAUAGUGGGCACCGGCGCCUCGAUGAAUGGAAUGAAUCCAAUAGUGCGGGGCCUGGCUGAGCGCGAUCUAUUUGUCAUAAAUUACAACCCUCGCGACGUUUGCGGCACCGAUGCGUUCAAACAGUGCGAGGCGCUCGUGCCAGAAGACAAGAACUUGAUGGAGGAACUUGGCAGCGUGUUCACAGCUGACGGAGGUGUGACUCUCGAUGGUGAUUUCUAUGCGCCAUAUAAUUGGUAUGACCUGGCGGACGACGUUGCCGCCGUCAUGGAUGCUAGCAAUAUCAGCAAGGCCAGCAUCAUCGGCUUCAGCACGGGGGGUGGCAUCGCGCAGGUGGUGAUGUGCAGGCUGCCAGAUCGCCUCAGCUGCGCCAUCAUCUGCAGCAGUGGAUACGACGUGGUUCCUUCUGAGAAGCCGUUUCAGAACGAGUCAUUGCAAGCACUCAUGGCGGCAUCGGCGACGCUGACACCAGAAUCUACAAAAGCAGAGCGAGUCGAGCGCCUCCUGCCCGUGCAGAAGGCCAUGUUCGAGAUUCCCGAUGGCGACCCCAGGGAAGCCAUACUCAGGGAGGCGAUCGAGGAUGAUCACGACAAUGGCUGGGUGGAUACAUUUGGAGGGAUGAAUCCCUUCUCGAUCCUCGCCUGGGCCAGCUUCGCAAAGACUCACGGAGAGCACACGGCAAAGUUGAAGGAGAACAGGGUCCCAUGUCUCAUCAUCGCCGGUAAGAGCGAUCCACUCGUCCCCUUUGGCCAGUCCGAGAAACUGGCAGCCCAGACAGGGUCAUCGAUUUUCGAGUCACACGAGCAUGGGCACAUUUUGGGCCCCGCUGAGAACAGCGAGGCGAUGUUGAAUACCAUCGCGAAAUUCAUCAAGGAGCAUUCGUCGCAAUUCUAG